AUGUGGUCCAGCAGUUCUCUGAGUCUGGGUGCUAUCUGCCGUUAUGUGGUCCAGCAGUUCUCUGAGUCUGGUUCUCUGAGUCUGGGUGCUAUCUGCCGUUAUGUGGUCCUGCAUCUCUCUGAUCUGGGUGCUAUCUGCCGUUAUGUGGUCCUGCAGUUCUCUGAGUCUGGCCUCCCUCAUGCUGAUCCCAUGGUUGACUCUAUGGUCGACCACAGUAGCUCUGAUGUCAUCAGUUAUUGUGUUCCUGAUUCCUUCACCUCUUCCUCCUCCUCUUCCUCUUACUUCUUCACCUCCUCAUCCUCCUCUUCCUCCAUCUCUUACUGCUUCAUCUCCUCAUCCUCCUCGUCCACCUCUUCCUCUUACUUCUUAAUCUCCUCAUCCUCAUCCUCCUCUUCCUCCUCCUCUUACUUCUUCACCUCCUCAUCCUCGUCCUCCUCGUUGUGUUCCAUUGCCAGAUGUUCCUACAUCAAAUACCACUACUCUUCAGCAACGAUACCCAAGAACCUCUCGUAUAACAUCACAAAGACCAUACGACAAGAUGAGUGGCACUCUUUGCACCUGAGGCGGAUGACGGCAGGCUUCAUGGGCAUGGCUGUAGCCAUCAUUCUGUUUGGCUGGACGAUAGGUGUUCUGGGAUGCUGCUGGGAUAGAGGACUGAUGCAGUACGUGGCAGGAUUACUGUUCCUCAUGGGAGGCACCUUCUGUAUAAUCUCUCUCUGUACCUGCGUGGCGGGGAUCAACUUCGAGCUGUCCCGUUAUCCUCGCUAUCUGUAUGGCCUGCCGGACGACAUCGGCCACGGCUACGGCUGGUCUAUGUUCUGCGCCUGGGGAGGUCUGGGGCUCACCCUCAUCGCUGGUUUCUUCUGCACCCUGGCUCCCUCCGUCCAGCCCAUCCCUCGAUCCACCUGCCCCAAGUCCAGGCAGGAGAACGGGACGGUCUGCUAGAGGGACUGGGAUGGAGGAUAGAGGGACUGGAGGUCCAGUCCUAGAUAAAUAGCUGACUACACCUUUAACCACACAGGACAGCCAUAACAAAAGAGAAUUUAACAAACAAAAAUGUAACAAUGUGUUGACAAAUCCAUGCAUUCAUUUAAUUAAUCAUU